AUGAGCGAAGCCUCUCAAAAGCUCAUAUUUGCUGCUGCUGCAGGCAAUCUGGAGCAGGUGGAGAGGCUGAUCCUGAAAGAGUUUGCCGACGUUGAAGCGAAGGACGGCGAUGGGCAGACUGCUCUGAUUGCCGCUGCUCGCGCAGGCCGGCUGAAGGUGGUGCAGAGGCUUCUGGAGUUACGUGCUGACAUCGCCCUGAAUGCCAUGGACGCCAGUGGUCGCACAGCCUUGGACCAUGCUGUGGAGAACGGGCACAAGGAGGUCGUGGCAUUCAUGACUGCAGAUGUCAGCCUGUUGAACUUCAGCCAGGGCCUCAUGCCAGCAAUACAACGUGGCGACGAGAAAUCGGUGAGCCUGAUUCUCAAAGCUGCAGCGCCCACUGAUGGACAGCCGUGGCCGCCUUGGGCAGAUGUGAAUAUGCGCGAUGCCAGGGGACAACCUUUGCUGCAUGCAGGAGUGAAGUCGAAACGACCCGGCCUGUUGUCAGAACUUCUGCGCCAGCCUGGGCUGGAAGUCAACAGCCUAGACCGCUAUGGUCGCACUGCAUUGGACCUCGCAGUGGCAAACGGUGAGGAAGAGAUGGCCUUCUUGCUGCAGAAGAAAGGCCAAGAAGAACGCCUUCUUAUUCAGCGCGCAGAGUGCAUGGACCUUGGCUUGUCGGAGUACACCAGCAGAAGUCAGAUCACAGAGAAGAAUUUGCUCAGCAUCGCUGCAGACCCUUGCGCGAAGCUUUUUGGAUUGGUCGAGUCGGACUUCACUCCGCUCUCGCUUUGCCAGGAUGCGAAGCCGUACCUGGACCAGAUCGCCUCCGAUGAGAUUUGUGAGGGUAAACUCAAGGACUACGUUAUCCCCCUGAAGCAGAUCAUUUUCUUCCGCUUGAUCAAGCAACUGUCAGAGGUGUAUGUGAGCAUGACCAUCGAAGAUUUCGAGAAUGCGGCAUCCAUUGUGCCCUUCAACAUCGCAGAGACAUGGAUGGCGAAUGCCUCACGUCAGCAAGGCAUCAGCAUUCAGAUCAACUACAUGCAGAAGGCCAUCAUCUUUGGGGCGCCGACGAAAGUUGACAUGAAGAGCAUGCGUCAGCCGCUUAUCGAAAUUGGCUUCAAGCUGCAGCAGGCUAUGCAGUGCGUUGCGCAGGAAGAGCUGCAGAGAAAGGACAAGCUUGAGAAGCAGCAGCUGCUCACAAACAUCAAGGAGAGGAUGGAGCAGGAGACGAGGUCCAUCCGGCAGCGAAAGGAGGAGAUCGAAAGGCGCAAGGAAGAGAGCGAGCGUCGCAAGCAGAUCCAGGAGAGGGAGGCUAUGGAGCGUCAGCGCAAGGAGGAGGCACUGGAAGCCGAGAAGGAGCGAAAGAGGCAAGAGGAGGAGAGAAAGCGCCGCGAGGCUGAGAAGCAGGAGCAGCGCAAGAGGGAGCUGGAGCUGCAGAAGAACAUGGAGGUGUUGGAGCAGAUGAAGAAGCAAGCCGAACAGAAGGCCAGCAACCUCAAGGUCGCCGGAAAGAAGAUUUCAGAGAUUGAGGCCGAUGACUUGACCAACAUCAGCUUCGAUCAGAUCGAAAAGGCGCGUGAGGCCCAAGUGUUGAAGGAACGACAGGACAAGAUCCGCCAGCGCAAAGCCGAAAGCAAACGUGUCGAUCACCUGGCCCGUGCCUUGCGUGAGGAGGAGGCAGCUUCUCUGAAGCAGUGGGCGGCGGAUGUCGAGAAAGUCGAUGCGGAACAGUUGGAGAAGUUCGAAAGCGCCAAGCAGGAGGAGCAGCGCAAGCAGCAUCAGAAUUUGCUGAAGGAAAAGGAAGAGCUGCUGCCGUUUCAGCACGUGAGGGAUAAUUGGGCUGAGGAGCAACUGGAACCCCGACGUUUGGACUGGGAAGAGGAGCGUGGGGCGCAGAUCCACCGUUUGACGAAGAAGGUUGUGCAGAACAAGAUUGCCCGCGCCAUGCAACGCCGGGACGCGCAUGUCAAGGAGCAGAACGACGCUCGGGAGAAGGAGAAGCGCCGCCAGCAGGAGGAAGAGCGUCGCCGGCAGCGAGAGAUCGAAGAGCAGGAAGAGGUAUACUUCCACGAAAAGUUCCUGAACGAGUCCUGGGAGUCACGGUGGGUCCAUUCUGAGCAGACAGGCGUGGCGCCAUUCGAGUGGUCGGCCGGGCAAUGGUUUGCCAACGAGUCCGAGCAGCGAGGCUUGAGGACAGCAGCCGCCCUCCAGCAUCAUGCCAUCUCUGCGAAGCUGUCUCAAAAUUUCUCCAACCGAGGCCGCGAUCUGGUGCUGCAGUUCACGGUCAAACAUGAGAAUGAGGAUCUAUCAUUUUGCGGAGGUGGCUACAUCAAGCUGAUGGGCAGUGACCUUCACCAACAGUCUUUUGGGCCUGACUCGCCCUACAAGAUCAUGUUCGGCCCGGACAUUUGUGGAUUUGAGACGUCUGUGGUGCACCUGGUUUUCAACUGGAAAGGAAAGAACCUGCGCAGAUCUCCUGAGAUUUCCCUUGGGUAUGAUGACCGGGACUCCUUUACGCAUAUCUUCACUUUUCACUUGAAGCCUGACAACACAUACAGCGUCUUUAUAGACAUGAAGGAAAAGUCCUCGGGCGAAUUGCAUGCUUUCUGGCCUUUUCCCAACAAGACGAUCGACGAUCCGACCGACCGAAAGCCGGAGGAUUGGGUUGAGACGCGACGCAUUGUGGAUCCUGAUGUACAGAAGCCAGAAAGCUGGGUGGAUGAGCAGCGCGUGCCGGACAGCACGGCAUGGAAACCUUUGGAAUGGGACGACGAGGAGGACGGGCUGUUCGAGCCGCCCUUCAUCGACAACCCGCUUUAUCAGGGGCCAUGGUUUCCUGCUAUGGUGGACAAUCCAUCUUUUCGUGGUCAGUGGAGGCCUCGGCAGCGUGGAAACCCGGAGUAUGAGGAGGAAGUGUACUCCUACACUGACCUCGGGGCGGUAGGCUUCGACCUCUGGACGGUUCACGAGGGCUCCGUUUUCGACAACAUCCUCCUCUGUGAUUCGUUGGACUUUGCCAAAUCGGAAGCGACAAGACUACAGGAGCUCUUCUCCAAGGAGAAGGAAGCCCGCCGCAAGUGGAAGCAGCGGGCUGGGGAUCAGGAGGUUCCUGCAAAUGACGCCGAGCUUGCAGAAGCAGGUGUUUGGGAAAGGGAGUUCUGA